CUGCAUUAGGAUUAAAAGUUUAGCCCCUAUAUCCAAGUAUUGGUCUGAGAUCCCAUUUCUAGAAUUCUGAAAUCCAAAAAGCUCUGAAAAUCAAUAGUUAUUUUUCCAAAUGUAUUCAUUGUGGUAAAAUACACCAAUAUAAAAUUUACCAUCUUAACCACUUUUAAGUGUGUUAUAAAUACAUUCAUGCUACCAUCACUAGCAUCCAUCUCUGGAACUCUUUUCAUCUUGCAAAUCUGCAAUUCUAUACCCAUUAAACAAUGACCCAUUCCCCCUUCCCCCUUCCCCCUUCCUCCUUUCCCCUUCCCCCUUCCUCCUUCCCCCUUCUCCUCAGCCCCUGGCAACCACUGUUUCUGUUUUUUAAAUAAGUUUGACAUUAAAACUAAGUUUGCAGCCAAACCUGACCCAAAUACAAGCUGGGCACCGUGGCUCAUGCCUGUAAUCCCAGCACUUUGGGAGGCUGAGGCAGGAGGAUCACUUGAGCCCAGGAGUUUGAGACCAGUCUGGGAAGCAUGGUGAAACCCCAUCUUUACAAAAAAUACAAAAAUUAGCCAAGUGUGGUGGCAUGCGCCUGUAGUCCCAGCUACUCAGGAGGCUGAGGCGGGGAUGAUCGCUUGAGCAUGGGAGGCAGAGAUUGCAGUGAGCCAAGAAAAAAAAAAUCUGACCCCAAAAGGUGAAAAUGUUUGAUGUGCCGGCUCCUUUACCUCAUAGUUACAGUAAGAAGAAAUUUAAAAAUUGGGAUCAAAGAUGCAGCUGCCUUCCCAUUUAAGCAGCACAGACAGCCCAAAGUGACAGUUUUCCUGUACAGUUACUCUUCUGUUAUCUAUAACUGAUCUAUGACAUUUUGGGAAAAGACAGCAAAAAAAAAUUAGUACUGAGAUGCUCAGAAUGGAGCAGUGGAGAAAGGAGACAAAAAUCCCUGCCUUCAUGGAACAUGUAUUCUCUCAGAGAAAAAAAAAUUCUCGAGGAAAAAAGGCAAUUUUAGCAUCUGCUCUGCUCUGUUCUCUCAAAAAAUAAGCAAAGGAUUUCACAGGUAUGCCACUGGAGGUAUAUAUCCCCAGGAAAUGUCCACAUACGCACAAGAGUCUUCUAGGUACUUGGGAAUCAUCAGUGAACAAAACAAAGAUCCUGCCCUUGUGGACCUUAUGUGCCAGAGACAAUUGCAGCAUGACUUUCCCAGGGCCCUGAUUUUCAGCACGGAUGAUUUUUUCUUCAGGGAAGAUGGUGCCUAUGAGUUCAAUCCUGACUUCCUGGAGGAAGCUCAUGAAUGGAACCAAAAAAGAGCAAGAAAAGCAAUGAGGAAUGGCAUAUCCCCCAUUAUUAUUGAUAAUACCAACCUCCACGCCUGGGAAAUGAAGCCCUAUGCAGUCAUGGCACUUGAAAAUAACUAUGAAGUUAUAUUCCGAGAACCUGACACUCGCUGGAAAUUCAACGUUCAAGAGUUAGCAAGAAGAAACAUUCAUGGUGUCUCAAGAGAAAAAAUCCACCGAAUGAAAGAACGGUAUGAACAUGAUGUUACUUUUCAGAGUGUGCUUCAUGCAGAAAAACCAAGCAGAAUGAACAGAAACCAGGACAGGAAUAAUGCAUUGCCUUCCAACAAUGCCAGAUACUGGAAUUCCUACACAGAAUUUCCAAACCGGAGGGCCCACGGCAGAUUUACAAAUGAGAGCUCCUAUCACAGAAGGGGCGGUUGUCACCAUGGAUAUUAGAGGCCUAUCUUACAGCCAUGCAGAAUUUUCCUAAGUCAGUUUCUACUUCAGUUUCUGUUAUUCUUUGUUGCAUUUUGGUCAGAGCUCCAAUUCCAGUGUAAAUAGCUGAACUCAAAAGUUUCUGAGCAAAGUCAUUAUAUUCAUUAUCUUCCCCAAAAUUUGUUAAAGUGCUUCUAUAUGCAUGGUCUGAUGCUGGGAAUUCUGCAGAUUUGAGUAAACAAUCUCUUUCUCUAGGGUAAGAAUUUGAAACCAAAACUUGAGAACACACCCAAGAAUAUAUUUACAUAGGUUCAUAGAUGAAAUAAAGUGUUUAUAUUAUAUAUAAGCUUCAGUACCAUUUUCUCUGAAGUGAUCUAUUUAUUUUUUCAGGAAAUUCAUCUCCAUCAGGAAAGUUGGGAAGGUGGAGAGAAGUGGUGGGGGCAGGAAAAGUUUUAGUGCCAUUGCUAUUUUGAUAAUCUAUGUAUCUAAAAAUGUGAGAUGUGCGAUUCUAUGAUACUGAUUUUCCUUUAAUAUGCCAGAAAGUAUUACAUCUAAGGGAACAUUGUCCUUCAAAGUAGACACUUUGGGAAGUUAUUCCUUUAUUUUAAUGAUGUAUCAUUGUUAAAAAUACUGUCAAAUCCUUAAUAGCUAUAGGAGCUACUGAGGGAAAUCAGUGUCAUUAUUUAAAGUCACACCUUGUGUUUUUACUACUUUAUUCAGCAGGAUUAAACCUGAAUAACUUUUGGCUGUUGUGCUAAUAGUGUAAAUCAAGUAAGCCUGCCUUCAUAAAACACUGACUUUUAAAAGGAAUAAACAACUUCUAAAAUUAUGCCUAUUAACGUGUAAUUAGUUGGCAGCUCAAAUGUUUGGGAGUGCAAGAAGUUAGGCACCCCAGGAUAUAGGUCAUACAGGGAUAUAUAAAAGCCAUGCUCAUUACAAAAUGAGCAGUUGAUGUUUUAUGUGGCAUUAAGACAAUCAAGUCCUCACAACUCUGGAAUGUCUUCUUAUACUGAUGCUGAAUUUAUGAAUCCAAAUUAAUUUGACAGGUUGGAAUCCGAUUUAGUGUGACAUCAUGAUAGACAAGACCACAGAGGACGUAUGCUCUAUUUCUUGUUGGCCAACAGCUUCUUUCUAAUGUUCUGUGAAAAAUUAUUUUAAGUGUCUUAUAUAAUGGUGCUUUUAUGGUUAUUAAAAAUUGUAAAUGGUAUCACAUUUAUAUGGAUUUGUCAUUGGAUUUUUUUUGUUCAACAAUAAAAAAAUUUAAUUACCUAAAUGCCAAGAAACUCAACAAUAUACCAGUUUUUCUGUAUCACAGGCUUAUUUACCAGUCUUUUUUUAAUAAUUAGGAAUCGUAAAGGUAAUGACAAAAGCAACCUUCUAAUUUAGUUGCUUAUCUAUUUGAUCUGUGUACAUGAGACUGUUUUAACAUUGUCUGACACUACUGAAACCUGCUCAACAUCUCCACGACUACCAACACCACAGGUGUCAUGUUUUCUUCAGUAACAUUUUAAAAACUGGUAUCUCCUUUGAGUAAGUUUGGCUGACAAUAGUAAAUCCCAAUGAAUCUAAGGUUUUAUCAGUUUUGCUGAAUUCUGUAUCUCCAAGCACAACAUAUAAUAAUCUCCUAAUGAUCCACUUACUUAAUAAUGCUCCGAUUUUCCAGGCCCAGGUAGUCCUGGGUAUCUUGGUUGAUAGGGUGGUGGCAUAACCCGCUCAAUAUGGAUGGCUUGACUCAUCUGGGCUAGUAGAGGGGAGAAAUGUCAGAGAGGCCAAAGUGGAAAUUACCCUCCUUUGAUUUCACAGGAGCGGUUCAAAGGACCAGAUUCAAGCCCUCCAGACUUGGCUGGCUCCCUGCUUUAGGGUUUUUGGCUUACCUGGGUUAAGUGAACGACCACUAUGGAGAAGUGGCUCUGGGUUAUAUAACUUUUGUAGAGCUCCAAAGAAUAGUUUCCUGGCCUAUUUAAUGUCUCUUCUUUCCCUAGCUGACCCCUGAAAUAUUUGGUUUGUAAACCAUACAAAUUGAUUAAAUGCCAUCAACUUUAUCCCCUAUAGAAGUGAUCUGUUUUUCCUUUCAACUCCCAUGGCUUCUGAUUUGUAUAACUCUUUGAACACCCAAUAUUGACUUGUAUUGUGUUCACUGUUUGCAUCAUUCAUAGAACUGGCAAAUGCUUUUUAUGUGCAAUAGGGUCUCAUUAAAUGACUGCUGAAUAAAUAACACAAAUUUUUACCAUUA